UAAAGCUAAAUUACGUUAUUAUCUUGAGCUGCGCGUAUCAUCAGUAUACAUUAGAGUGUGAAGGUUUUUUUCUCCAUAUUUACCUUGACCUGUGUUGAUCAUCAGUAUAAAUAAUAGGUGCGUGCGGCUUUUCUAACAUUGACAUGGAGCGUACUUACCAGUACAACUUUGAGACGAACAAGAACGUUGCCUUUAAUGAAAUUGACUUUAUAGUGUUCGGGGCGACGCUUUUGGCGUCAGCCUCAAUCGGCCUGUACUACGCCAUCCGGGACCGGAAGAGUGAUGACGCGGAAGACUUCUUGUUGGGUGGUAGGAAGAUGCACUACCUCCCCGUGUCAUUGUCUCUCUUGUCAAGUUUCAUCUCCGCCAUCACGCUGCUGGGGACUCCCGCGGAGGUCUACCGGUACAACACAAUGUACUGGUGGAUCACUGUGGGCUUCCUAAUAACUGCCAUGGGGGCUGCUCAUAUCUUCAUCCCGGUCUUCUACAACCUCAAAGUCGUCAGCACCUUCAAGUAUGCAGAGUUGAGGUUUGGUAAAGUAACGAGAUUCUCCGCCAGUAUCAUAUACCUCGUCUGGAUGAUGUUGUAUAUGUCAAUAGUGCUGUAUGGACCUUCUCUAGCCCUAAAUGCAGUGACCGGUUUGUCUUUGUGGGGUUCAGUGUUUGCUGUAGGACUAGUCACUAUCUUCUAUACCACACUGGGUGGUAUGAAGGCGGUGGUGUGGUCCGACUCUCUACAGAUGCUUAUCAUGUUUGCCGGAAUGAUGACACUGUUGGUAGCAGGUUCCCUGAAGAUUGGAGGUCUUGACAAGGCCUGGCAGGUGGCCGAACGUAACGGUCGUACCUUGUUGUUAGAGUUUGACCCCGACCCAUCUACUCGACACACGGUCUGGAAUGUUGUGAUUGGUGGCGGCAUUUUCUGGGGCGCUAUAUAUGGGAUAAACCAAGCCCAAGUCCAGCGGGCAAUAUCUGUAUCAUCUAUGAGCAACAUGCGCAAGGCCAUCUGGCUGAACUUCCCCGGCAUGGCGAUUAUAUUGACCCUGGUGUGUCUGGUAGGGGUGGUUAUGUUCGCUUACUACGAGCGCUGUGAUCCCGUGACUCUAGGUAUCAUCAAAAGCUCUGAUCAGCUAAUCCCUCUGUUCACUAUGGACUUGCUAGGGUCCUACCAUGGCCUGCCAGGCCUUGUUUUAUCCUGUGUGUUCAGUGGCAGCCUCAGCACCAUCUCCUCGGGACUCAACGCCGUGGCCGCAGUACUCCUAGAGGACUUUGUUCGACCAUUCUACCCCCGCCACAUAUCUGGACGUGCGUCUACCAUUUUCUCCAAGGUGACGAUCGUGGUAGCUGGCCUCUGCUGUAUUGGCCUCGCUUUCGUCGUGUCUAAAUUGGGAGCAAUUCUUCAGGUUGCUUACAUUCUGUUCGGAAUCCUUGGAGGGCCAUUACUUGGUCUGUUUACUCUCGGAAUGUUGUUUCCCUGGGCCAACAAAUGGGGCGGGCUAGUUGGCCAUCUGACCGCUCUAAUCCUGCUGAUGUUCGUAGGACUGGGUACUAAGUUUAAUAACGUAGUUAUCACCCCGCCAUCCCCCGUUACAACUUCCGGCUGCUACCUCAACGCCACCUCCGCACUCACAACCGUGGCAGCUACAGUGGCCAGUACCAUGACAACGACGGCGGUAAAUCAAACACCCAAAGAAGACCCGUUCAUCCUGUACAGGAUGUCGUAUAUGUGGUAUACCUCGCUGGCUGUGCUGACCACCGUUGUAGUCGGUCUACUGGUCAGCUUUGCCACAGGUGCCACAAAGCCAGAGGAGCUGGACCCUCGACUCAUCUGUGCUUUCUUUGACGAAUUCUGUCCUUGGCUUCCAGAGAAAACCAGGAAGCGAUUGCGAUUCGGUGUACGACAUGGAGAGGAAGACGUGAAGCCGACUGACAUAACCAAGUCUGGGAAAGUUGGCAUGGUGAACGCCGCCUACUUCACUGAUGUCGAUGACGUCAGCAAACAACGUGCAGCAUCAAGUACUACGCUAAGUGACACUGUUACCAAACCCAGUGGUACCCAAAGCGCUGAGCCUAACGUAAUGUCAAACACAAACGGUGUCCACAAAACUCUAUACCCCUCUACGGAAAUACAUUCUACAAAUCUGUGAGUCCGUCUGACGUCACGAACAUGUAUGGCUGCCGCUCCUUCAACAUAUCACCAGGGCUUUGCGCAUACUAUACAUCUCCUUCAAUGUCACGACUGAGUCUUUUGUGGUGCCAUACUUGUACAGAGUUGCCUGUGUCUAUCUUUUGUUUGUUAUUGUCGUUUUUCCAUUAUCAUAUAUUUUACAUAUUUGUACAACCUAUAUUUAUCUACAUGCGUGUAUAUAAUGUUCAUUAGGAGGGCAUUGUACAGCCUAUAUCUAUUUAGAUGCAUGUAUUUAAUGUCCAUAAGGACGGCCUUGUACAGCCUAUAUCUAUCUACAUGCGUGUAUAUAAUGUUCAUAAGGAGGGCAUUGUACAGCCUAUACCUAUCUACAUGCGUGUAUAUAAUGUUCAUUAGGAGGGCAUUGUACAGCCUAUAUCUAUCUACAUGCGUGUAUAUAAUGUUCAUAAGGAGGGCAUUGUACAGUCUAUAUCGAUCUACAUGCAUGUAUAUAAUGUUCAUAAGGAGGGCAUAUCUAUCUACAUGCAUGUAUAUAAUGUUCACAAGGAGGGCCUUGUACAGCCUAUAUCUGUCUUCAUGCAUGUAUAUAAUGUUCAUAUAGAGGGCCUUGUACAACCUAUGUCUAUCUACAUGCAUGUACAUGUAUAUAUCCUAUGUCAUUCCCCAUGCUAGAUUUUUCUAUCUCGCCCGAUCUGUCUGGUACCUUUACGUGACAUUUCGCGGCAUUUUGACACUGCGAUGUAUUCGUCCGCGCGUUAAGGGCUUGAAAUUGACAAUCUGCAUUAUUCUGUUUUGUCGUAAAUUGUACUAUUUUAUGUUGUUAGAUAUCUGAUGUUGUAGAUAAAAUAUAAUCUACACUGUGAAAUACGUUACCUCCAGAGUGUAGAAUUGUAAUGGUGGUAAACCUUCAUCCAGGGUGUAGUGGAACCUAUCAGUGUUUGUGUUUCUUACGCGCAUCAGUUUUCAUUGUCUGGGUGGAAGUGAAGCUGCCAGGUUUCUGACAAUUGAAUUGAAAUUAUUUCCUAUUGCAUCGUAUUUGAACAUAUCUCAUUUCUUGAGUUAAGUAAACUCUAACUGCGUAUAAUUUAGCGUAUACGCAUGUUUGUCGGAUUAAUACGUGCGCUCUACAUGAAGAAUGUGUGAGAUGAUAAUACACGGCCGGUGCUGUAGCACCCCUACUCGGCUUACGUCUUGAAUGAGAUUUGUUACAUAAUAUAUCUCAAAGAUUAAGAUAAACAGGUAAAGAUCUUCAAUGGGUAUUUGAUAUUUUGUUCAUAUUUGUACAACGCAAAAAGUGCAUUCGCAGCCAUUUGAGUGUUGAAUAGGACGAAUGAGCACACUACAUUUGUCGUCAGAUUUCCCUCUCUUGAAUUUGGUCUGAGACAGGCACUAAUUAUGUACCAGUUGUGUAGUUAUCGGCGUCAUUAAAUGACCCUGACUGUUAGCCCCAGUAAAACCAAAUUAUAUGACACUGUCGUUCAGGCUGUUUAACAUGUGCGUCAUAUACAUAUUAACUUCUGAUUCUAUAUAGCUUAACUCCUAUAUAGCUUAACUCUCUGCAUAGCCUAUUACAUUAUGUAACCCGAGGCAAUGCUUUGAUGUAACCGGUACAUGACGACGGAAUGAGAACGUGGGAAAUGUUGAUUAAACAAGAGAUCCCAGAGGGAUCUUGGCGCCCACCUUUGUACCAUCUUCAUUAGUUCUUUGUC